GGCGUGGGCGGUGCCACCCCUCCCCCCGGCGGCCCCGCGCGCAGCUCCCGGCUCCCUCCCCCUUCGGAUGUGGCUCGAGCUGUAGGCGCAGGGCCGGAGACGCUGCAGACCCGCGACCCGGAGCAGCUCGGAGGCGGUGAAUAAUAGCUCUUCAAGUCUGCAAUAAAAAAUGGCCUCCAAUAAAACUACAUUGCAAAAAAUGGGGAAAAAACAGAAUGGAAAGAGUAAAAAAGUUGAAGAGGCAGAGCCUGAAGAAUUUGUCGUGGAAAAAGUACUAGAUCGACGUGUAGUGAAUGGGAAAGUGGAAUAUUUCCUGAAGUGGAAGGGAUUUACAGAUGCUGACAAUACUUGGGAACCUGAAGAAAAUUUAGAUUGUCCAGAAUUGAUUGAAGCGUUUCUUAACUCUCAGAAAGCUGGCAAAGAAAAAGAUGGUACAAAAAGAAAAUCUUUAUCUGACAGUGAAUCUGAUGACAGCAAAUCAAAGAAGAAAAGAGAUGCUGCUGACAAACCAAGAGGAUUUGCCAGAGGUCUUGAUCCUGAAAGAAUAAUUGGUGCCACAGACAGCAGUGGAGAAUUGAUGUUUCUCAUGAAAUGGAAAGAUUCAGAUGAGGCAGACUUGGUGCUGGCGAAAGAGGCAAAUAUGAAGUGUCCUCAAAUUGUAAUUGCUUUUUAUGAAGAGAGACUAACUUGGCAUUCUUGUCCAGAAGAUGAAGCUCAAUAAUUACUCACAUUUUUUUAUAUAUAUUUAUAUAUAUAUAUAUAAAAAUUGGGUCUUAGAUUUUGAUUUACUAGUGUGACAAAAUAACUACAUCCUAAUGAAAAUCAAGUUUGAUAUGUUUGUUUUGAAAGUAGCGUUGGAAGAGUUGUUGGGGGUUUUUUGCAUCCAUAGCACUGGUUACUUUGAACAAAUAAAUAAAAGCUUUCUGUAGUUGCUUCCUUUAUCAGAAAAGAACAUUUGAUACCAUGGUAUAUCAUUUCCUCUUCAUUAAAGAACAGCUUUUCUAAAUGUUUUGGGAAAUGUCCAUAGUCAUUACUCAGUCAAAACUUGUGUUCUCAUAAGCCUAAGGACCAUUCUAGAUUUAUUACGUGUUUUUUUGUGUGUGUGUGUGUAUCCAUAAAAUGCAUAUGUAAAUUUUUUUUUGUUUUUAAGCAUUCACCCAAACAAAAAAAUCACAGGUAAACCCAUGUUUCUGAGAUGCCAUUAUUCCAAGCAAGAGAUAAUCCCUUCAAGUUAAAUUGAAAAUUUUCCUGAAGCCAUAUAUUUCAAGUGAAAUAAGUAAUCCUAGAUAGGGCAAUUUAAAUUGGAUAAUUUUAAAGUGUCUAUAAUUGCAGUGGUUUAUUUGCAAAAUUCCUAAAAGGAAAAAUUUUAUCACUGCCAUCACAGCAGGUUUCCUCAUCCAGAUGAGGAAACUAGACAAAUGCUAGUGUGUUUUAACUAGCUAAACAAAACUAAGUUAAAUGAACAUUUAAAAGUUUCCCUAGCGGGCCAUUCCUUAGCAAAAUGUUGGAAUCCCUGUUGCUACAUUGACUAAAAGGUCAUGAUGAAUGGAAUAUGUAAGACUUGGCUCAUAGAAACCUAAUCAGAUGGUUAGAGGUGUUGGCAGUUUAGGACCUGCUGUCAUAAAUGUGUGAACAACCUUUUGUAACCUAACCUAUUGACCUGCAUGUUUUUUCUUUACCCCAAUUCAUUACAUGGAGGCUCAAUCUUGAGUUUGCUUUACUGGUUCAGCAAAAGCCAGGAAGAUCAACUUUGUAGUAAUCAAAAUGUUAUCCAACUGUAUAUUGUUUACUUUAUUGUAAAUACUGGUGAACAGUGGUUAAUAAAUAGUUUUAUAUUCCUUUAUGCAA